AUGGAUUCUGACCCAAGGGUCACUGAGUGCCCCCGGACCAGUCCCCCCUGCCUGAUCUUAUACCUGUGGCGGCCACCCAGGGGCUCUGUGGGAGAGUGCCCAGGGAGACUGGCCCCGUCCUGGUUCUGGGCCUUCCUGAGCACUCCUGAGCACUUCUUUGGGUUCCUGGGCUCUGGAACCAGCUUGGUGGACAGCGCGCUCUGGUGGUCAGAGAGGGCCCGCAGCUGCUUCCCCGCAGCUGCCUCCCCGCCCCAGCCUCCACCUUGGGGCCCCGGCCGCAGGCAGAGCUGGAAAGAGGGCCCUGCCCCCCACUUUGGCCAGCGCCAGCCUGGGGAGUUCCCCUGGGGAGGAGUGCGGGGCGACACUCCCCGUGGCUCCCUUCUGGGAGAGAAGCCCCCGCCAGCCUCCGGCUUGCAUCUCCAACCACAUCUCCCGGGCGUCCUGCUGGGGAGCCAAGCCCAAAUCUCCCUCGGCCCGGCCGUCUGGGAUGCCUCUCCAAGCCUAGCUGGGGGAGGGAAGCUCUCCCUUCGCCUCCCGCCUGCUCCCGUGCCCGGCGUCCACGGUCCUCGGCACCCCACAGGUACUUUUAUCCCCGGCACGCCUCAUUUGGGCCCCACCACGGGCAGCCAGGCGAGUGCUGGGUUCCUCACCAUGGGGGGAGUGAAGCGCCCAGCCCUGGGGCCCCGGGUUCGGGGUCCCCCUCCCCCCCCAGCCACGCCCCUCCCCAUCCUUAGCUCCUCGCAGCUUCAGGAGCACGGGUCAGGCCCUGCCCGGGCUGGCGGGGAUGGUGGGGCUGGGCCGGCAGCCCCUGCUCCAGGCUGGCCCCUCUCCCUCUCCAUGCGCCUAGACCUUGGGCCGCCCAGCUACUUCUCUCCCGCAGAUAGCCAGCCCCCUUGCUGCUCAUCCACCACCUCCCACAUCUCCAAGCGGCCCGUGUUCCUGCCGGAGGAGACCCCUUACUCCUACCCCACGGGCAACCACACGUACCAGGAGAUCGCCGUGCCGCCCCCGGUGCCCCCGCCCCCCUCCAGCGAGGCGCUCAACGGCACCGUCCUCGACCCCCUGGAGCAGUGGCAGAGCGGCGGCGCCCGCUACGCCCACCAGCAGCCCCAGUCUCCCGGGCACGGCUCCGGCGGGAAGAGUCCCAGCCUCCCUGCGGCCCAGGAGAGCCUCGGGUCCCCCGGCCCCCGCGGAGGCAGCGAGGAGGAGCACGUGUACAGGUACCGCCGGGGCGCUGGGGGGCGGGGCCUGGGCGGAGGCGGGGCAGGCGGGGGCGGGGCCAGGCGGGGGCGGGGCCAGGCUCCAGCUGACCACUGGCCGCCUGGGGGCGCUGCUCUCCGCCUCGGCGUCCUCCCAGGUGAGGGGAGAGCUGGCCCGGGGGUCCGCCCGCUCCCGCCGUCUCCCCCCGCUUCUGUCAGGGCGGCUCCGCCUGGCUCAGUGUCCUUGUCUGUGAAAUGGGGGGGGGGGUAUCUCCAGGGCCCCGCUCUAAGCGGUUGGAGGGUUUUGGGGAGGGAAACCCAGGGCCGGCGGGCCCGCACUGCCUGGGAAUGGGUCCCGGACCCUCGGGGCCGGCGGGCCCGCACUGUCUGGGAAUGGGUCCCGGACUCUCGGGGCCGGCGGGCCCGCACUGCCUGGGAAUGGGUCCCGGACCCUCGGGGCCGGCGGGCCCGCACUGCUUGGGAAUGGGUCCCGGACCCUCGGGGCCGGCGGGCCCGCACUGUCUGGGAAUGGGUCCCGGACCCUCGGGGCCGGCGGGCCCGCACUGCCUGGGAAUGGGUCCCGGACCCUCGGGGCCGGCGGGCCCGCACUGCCUGGGAAUGGGUCCUGGGCCGGGCCCCUCGGCCUGCCCCAGCCACUCCCAACUCAGGCUCUGGGCAGCCCCCCUCCCCCAUGUCCCCUGAGCCACAGAUGGGCUGCCAUGUUUUAUUUAGAAGAGGGGUUUCCUUGCGUGCCCCAGGAGAUGGUCAGAGCCCCUCCCGAGCUCAAAGGGUCUCAAACUUCCCCUUUGUCCCGAUUUUUCUCCAGACCAGCUCCUCCAUGUCCCCGAGAUCGGAGCUGUCGGCCCCCUUGUGCGCCUCUCCAGAACCCCAUGCCACCCUCUCGUCUGCUUAUUUGAUGCCCCGUACUAGACGUGUCUCUGGGGGGCCGGGGAGUGCCUGUGGGGUGCUGCGCAUUGAAGAAAAUGGGGACCUGGGGAAGAGCCCCCCAGCCCUGCUCUCAGGUCCCCUCAGAGCCCCCACUCCGACCAGGCUGGGGGGGAUGUCUGGUGCUGGCAGCGAGGAUGGGGGUCCCUCUGAGACUGCAGUGAAUGACCCGUCCGGAGAUGCCCUUGGCAGUGAGACCGAGCCCCCUGAGGCCCGUGGUUCUGGCUCCUCCUUGCCCGGAGCUCGCAUGUGGCUCCAGCAGCCCAGCCCCCUGCGGAAGGAGCCCACCCGCCCUUGUGGUGCGGAGGAGGCCAGCGAUGCUCCGAAGGAGCAGCUGUGGCCCCCGGACUCUCGUGGAGCCGCCUGGCCCGCAGAAGCAGCCCUGGAACCCACUGUUGUUGCUGUGAACCGACAGGACGUCUGCCCUGACACCUGGGGCUGUGCCGGGGAGCCCAGAAGGCCGAGGGCCGCGGCGGGGCCCGGCCUGGUGGCUCAGGAGAGCGACCACCCCGGAGGGGGCCGGAGGGGGCCGUGCCGGGGGAGCGCCGGGAGCCCCGUGACGGGGGGCUGGGGCGCCGAGGCCCCCACCGACGGGAUUGGGAGAGUCGGGCCGGAGCCGCCGCCGCCGCCGCCGCCUCCGGCCUCAGAGAGAGUUUCCACUUCUGGCCAGGCAGGCACCGCGAGCAUGAGCCCGUUGCAUGGAGUGAAACCGGAUGCUGCCCAGACCCUGUGGCUACACUCAUGUCCCCGGGCAGAGCCCGGGCACGCCCCCCCAAUGAAUCAGGACACGCCCCGCAAUGAGUCAGGACACGCCCCCAAGCAGUUGGGCACACUCCCCACAGAGCUGGGCACGCCCCCAAGGAGCCGGCCACGCCCCUGCGGAGUGGGGCGCCCCUUGUGGCUGCACUACAGCAUGUCCCGGGCAGGCCCGGCCAUGAUCAGGACCGCCCCUGGACCGGGGUCCCCUGUCCCUCAGAUCCGCUCCGUGAUCAGGAGGAGCCGGGAGACGGGCCACGCGCACCCCAUGUCACGGGAACCCUCCCCACGUCGACGCCCGAGUCCCGCCGUCCCCCACAAGACCCCGUCCCAGGACCAGCUCAUUGCCGAGCUGCAGGGCCGGCUGGGCAUCAGGCCGGAGGAGCAGGGGCCGGAGCAGGCCGGCGCGGAGCCGGACGCCUGGCUGACCGAGGGCGUUGUCAUCACCGUGCGGCCACGGGGGAGGAGGGACGGGGGGCAGGUCGUAGAGAAGGUGGUCUUUCCUCCUGAUUCUCCUGUCCCCCUGAGAAGGACCAUCUCGGUUCCGGGGUCUCCUCCUCCUCCUUCUCCUCCUCUCCAGUAUCUCAGACAUACCCCUGAGAGUGGCCCUCCUUCUCCUCAGGCCCGGGCCUCCCCCAGGGCAGGGCUUCCUGCUAGGGGCAGGGAUACCCCGUGUGGUGAAGAGGGGCGCCCGGGCCCUGUUUGGAGCACGCCCUCCGUCUCCUGCCCACCCCGCGCCCCGGCCACCACCCGCCUUGCCGUGUCUGUUGGCUGUCAGACUGAGGAGGACCCAGUCUUCCCCCCAGUUCAGGCAGGCUCGCCCCCGGGGGGUGCCCGGGACUGGCGAGACCAGGCUCUCUCCUCCGAGCCGGCCUUCGUGUCAUCUCCUGCCUCCCUGGGCCCUCAGACGCUGACCUCGGCCUGUCGCCCUCUUCUGCAGGUGCCGACCACGACUGGCGUGGCCCAGCCCGGCCUGAUGGCGGCCCGCCCGCCCCCCAGCCCGCCCUCCCUCAGGAAGGCAGCUGGCCCUUCUCCUCGCGGCCCCGAGCCCCUCACUGCGCCGGCCUUCCCUGAGUUCAUGGCCCAGGGGAAGGUGGGGAGCAACUCCCCGCCAGGGGGCCCCCCAAAGCCAGGAAGCCAACUGGACAGCAUGCUGGGGAGCCUGCAGUCGGACCUGAACAAGUUGGGCGUGGCCACGGUUGCCAAAGGCGUCUGUGGGGCCUGCAAGAAGCCCAUUGCUGGACAGGUGGUGACGGCCAUGGGGAAGACCUGGCACCCUGAGCAUUUUGUCUGCACCCACUGCCAGGAGGAGAUCGGCUCGCGGAAUUUCUUUGAGCGUGACGGGCAGCCCUACUGUGAAAAAGACUAUCACAACCUCUUCUCCCCUCGAUGCUACUAUUGUAAUGGGCCCAUCUUGGAUAAAGUGGUGACGGCCUUGGACCGGACUUGGCACCCGGAGCACUUCUUCUGUGCCCAGUGCGGCGCGUUCUUCGGACCGGAAGGCUUCCAUGAGAAAGACGGGAAGGCGUAUUGUCGAAAAGAUUACUUUGACAUGUUUGCCCCUAAAUGUGGAGGCUGUGCCCGGGCCAUCCUGGAGAACUACAUCUCGGCCCUCAACACGCUCUGGCACCCUGAGUGCUUCGUCUGCCGGGAAUGCUUCACCCCCUUCAUCAACGGCAGCUUUUUCGAGCACGACGGGCAGCCGUACUGCGAGGUGCACUACCACGAGCGCCGUGGCUCGCUCUGCUCUGGCUGCCAGAAGCCCAUCACCGGCCGCUGCAUCACCGCCAUGGCCAAGAAGUUCCACCCGGAGCAUUUUGUCUGCGCCUUCUGUCUCAAGCAGCUCAACAAGGGAACCUUCAAGGAACAGAAUGACAAACCCUACUGUCAAAACUGCUUCCUCAAGCUCUUCUGUUAGAGCCCCCCCUGAGCCCCCCAGACCCCUGAGAGGGGUUCCGGAACCCCCAGACCUCAUGGCAGGGGCAGGAGCUUUGGCAGGGCCCUUCAGGAAUUGGAGCCUGCUUCUGAGGCCAGCCUGGGCAGGGGGUGGGGGGCAGGUGGGCUACACCUAUUUGUGGUUUCCUCUUCCCAGGGAUCCCCCGGGCCCACAUCCUUCCUCCUUCCGCUGGUCUCUUUCUUUCAUGGUGGGAGAGAUUCUUCCUAGCCUGCGGACCCUCCCUGCUGGGCAGACCCUGGCACCCCACACUGGAAUCAUUUUUUAGCCAGGUCACUGGGCAUCCCCAGAACCAGGGCUGCCCACUCAGGGAGUUUUUGAGGGGCAGAACUUUCCCAACCUCUUGUUUCUCCUUUUGCUCUCCUCUUCCUGUCCUCCUCCCUUUCCUCCCCUGGUUCAGGACCCUGGAGGGCAGCCAACAUAAGCCCCCUGGGGAGAAGACAGGGAUUGGGGCAGAGUGGGGUGGACAGAGAAGUUCCCAAGACCCCCUUUUCCUCUGGCUGUCCCUGGCCACUCCUUUAUGCCUCGAGGCCUCCUUUAAUUCACUUGGUUCUACUGAGAAAGGACUCUCCAGCAAUAAUAUUUUAUAUUGACUUUGCGGGCGGCUGAGCCCGGAUUCCGGGCUCCAGGACUGGUGGGCACGCCAUGGCACGCCCCCAGACUGGACGCUGUCCCGUGUUUGAUAGAUUUCUACACUGAGGUUUGAAUUCCUAUUUGUCUGGGUUGCUUUUAAUUCUCUCUAUGAAAUUUUGAAAUUGAUUUUGAAAAGAUUUUUAAGACGUUCCUUCGGGGCCUGUCCUUUCCCUGCUCUCGGGGCCCCCUGGAGGCAGUGACCCCCGUGGCUUUGCUGUGGAGCGCUCUUAUCCAGAAGGGUUUUUGGUGGACCGAGGGCCUCUGGGUGAGCGGGGCAGCCAGUAUCUUUUUCUAGCACAAACCAGUCGGGCUAAGACUCUCCUUUUUUUAUUCCCUCCCUCACGGUUCCCCUAGAACAUUUUGUAAACUGCUGUAUUCAGACCCCCCACCCUCCCGACUCUGUCCGCCAGGGUCUUGCCUGCCUCCCUGAGAGAGGUCAGCAUACAGUGCGUUGGGUGGGGGGGGAGAGGGGAACGCCAGGGGAUUUCCCGAUUGCUGCUGGAAUAAGCCGUCAGGAGUCGCGGUCGGACCUUUGAGGCCCCGUUGUGCCCCCUUGUGUCUUCCCUCGUCUUCCCAGGGCCCUGCUUCAACAUGCCCCGGGGAGGCCGUGGGGCUGCCUUCUAGGCCUUGUCAAGCACCUUUUGUGCCACAUUUCCCUCUGGUUUGGGAAAUCUGGGGAUGGGGUGAUGGAGAAAGAGAGAUUCAUUCUCAAGGACAGAAUGAUGAUGGAGCCAGGGAGCGCCUGGGACCUCCAUGCUCUCUUGCCCCAGUUUUGUCCCCAUUUUGUGCUGACCGUAAUGAGUGUUUGGAAACUUACUGGGGAAGAACCGAACUGAAACUGAUGGAGGGAGGUCUUGCAAAGGGACCAGGUCUCAGGAGAAUCCUGGGAAAAUUUUCCCUACAGAUGAAACGGGAGCUCACCCGAGUCCCCAGGGCCCAGGUUGGGCUGCCAGCUGUGUCCAUUCCUGGGGCCUGCAGAGGGCAGGCAAAAAUUUGCCUCCACAGGGAGGGCAAAAAAUUGCCCUCCACAGAUGGGGCAAAGGACGGUCUAGGGCCGGUGGAGGCCCUGGCUGUGAAGGGAGAGGCAGAUUUCCCAGGGAUCUCGGUGCACACUCAACUUUUGGUUCGGUUAGCCAGGAGCUGUCCAGGCCAGCUCAGCUGUGUUUUGGGGGUGUCCCUAUGUCCACCUCGAGGCCUUAGUGCUCUGUUUACAGUGACCUGCCCCUGUCCCUCCCUUUAGGGUCAGGGACAUCUUGGGGAUGCCUCUCUGGGUCAACAGUUUGAUUUGAUUUUUUUUCUUCCCUAUCAACUUCUAACCUUGCUUUUCCCAUUUAAAUUCCUGUGAUUUAUGCCAAUAAAAUUUACCAUUAUUUUCACCU